AUGGCAGAAACAUACCCCAAAGAGACAUCCAACACCGUGAACCGCUACAAACAUCAAGACCCAUCCAUCCCAGUCCCAGUCGUCCUCCCCAUGAUCGGCCAAAUCGGACACUACCCCAGCGACCAGCAGCCUCACUGCUACCUCCACGGCUACGUCUCCAGCCGCCUCAUGAACCUCGCCGCGUCCCCACCAGGCAUCCCGCUCUGCGUCGCAGCCACCAAACUUGACGGCUUCGUCCUUACAUUAACGCCUAACACGCACAACUACAACUACCGCUCUGCUAUCCUGCACGGACACGGCACUGUUGUCGACGACGAGAGCGAGAAACUCUGGGCUAUGCAGCUCGUUACUAACUCCGUCGUUCCGGCGCGCUAUGAGCACACCCGCGUGCCGCCCGACAAUGCCGAGAUGGCAUCUACGCGGAUUCUCAAAUUUAGAAUCGAGAGCGCGAGCGGGAAGGUGAGGGAAGGCGGGCCGGAGGACGAGAGGAAGGAUAGGAGGAGAGAGGAUGUGCUGGCUGAGGUGUGGACGGGCGUGAUUCCGAUGUAUGAGAGGCUGGAGGAGCCGGUGGGCGGGCCGUAUAAUAGGGUGGGAGAAGUUCCGGGGCAUGUGAGGCGGUUCGUGGAUGGGGAGAAUGCGAGGAGGUGGACGUAUGCGGUGGAGGCGGCGAGGAAGGCUGCGCCGAUUAAGAGGGUGAAGAGAGAGGAUGAGGGGUAG